AUGAGAUCCCUCACAGAAGAAGAGACACGGACGCUCUUCACGAAGCUAGCUUCCUAUACCGGCCGCAGUCUCAAUUCUCUUAUUACCCCAGCCGAAGAUGGAUCCAUGAGUGUUUUCCGCUUGCAAGGAUCCCGGGUUUACUACGUGAACAAGGAGAUUGCCAACCUGAGCAUCUCAUUCCCGCGCGAUCAGCUUCUCAGCAUGGGCACUAUGAUAGGAAAAUACACUAAGACUGGCAAGUUCCGCAUCAACCUAACAGCUCUGGAUCUCCUGGCGCAACACGCCCGAUACAAGGUCUGGAUCAAAGCAAACGGAGUGAUGCCUCUGUUGUAUGGCGGUUCGGUUUUGAAAGCCCACGUGGCUAGGUUCAGUGAGGAUGUCGCAGAAAACCAGGGAAUUGUGAUUCUGGACUCCAACGACGUCCCCCUGGGAUUCGGAGUUACAGCAAGGUCAUCCGCGCAGAUCGCAAAAUUAGAUCCUACCAGUAUCGCGAUCCAUCGUCAGGCCGACGCAGGAGAGUACCUCAGAGAAGAGGAUACGUUGUUCACCACCUAA